AUGAGCUCGUCUGGGGCAAACCUCCACAACAAGCGUCUACCCUCAGAGACAGAGCAUACUCAGAGAGUCCCAGAAUUGGACUCAGCCCAGCAGCUGAAACUGAGAGAGAGACAGCGCUUCUUUGAAGAGGUAUUUCAGCACGAUGUGGACGUCUACCUGUCCUCUGCCCACCUGCAUAUUCAUGACUAUAAGAGACCUCCCAUUGGCAGCGUCUCGUCCAUGGAGGUGAAUGUGGACAUGCUGGAGCAGAUGGACCUUAUGGACAUCUCUGACCAGGAGGCCCUGGAUGUCUUCCUCAGCUCUGGGGGGGAUGGGGGGGUGCUGACCUCCCCUCUGCCAGGUAAAGUAGUUCAUGGCAACAACAAUGAGGUCAUCAGCCAGGGACGCUCUCCCCACAACACAGGCGGUUGUGUGGGGAAGUCCCGCAUGUCCUCCACCUCCUCCACUUCCUCCACCAACAGCCAGAACACCAAUGAGGAUGGAAGGGAAACCCCUGUAGUCCAAUCAGAUGAUGAGGAUGUGAAUGUCGGCACACUCUUGCUGAUGGGAUCAACCCCAGGAAAAGAUGAGGAGAAGGAUCGGCCCACCUUCUCUUCAUAGAGGCCUUGCUUCACUUCCAAUAUUCACUAACAUUUUGAACAUACUGGUGCUGACAAGUAUCACUGAAACGGGACACUCACACACAGAGGUGUUCCAUGGACUGGCAACUAUCACUUACAACAUCAUUUUCUUUACUCUUCAUUUAGUUUUGUCUGAACUGUAAAUAUAAGGCCAAAUCUUCUCAAAGCUUGCUUAUCUCCAUAUAUACUUCUGGCAUAUAGAUAACAAGAUACUUCUUUUUAUUUCCUCAUUUGAGAUUCUAGUAGGGUCUGGCGACGUGUGACACGGACAUUUGAGGAAGUACAUUCCUGUGUGUACUCCACAGCCAGGAUAUGUACAUAACAGAGUUGUGAAAUAUGCAACCAUGUAAGCAUUACUGUACUACAGACAGGGAUUUACAAUUGUGCAAUUACACACACAAAAAAAAUCUUUAGAGAGUAACUGCAAUGCUGAGUAAAUCUGGCCCUUAGUUCCCGUAUUCCCCAAAAUGUUGAACCAAUCCCAAAACACCUGCCACAAAUAAAAACGAAGGAUGUACUGUACAUUGCAUAGUGUUGCUUUCAUUUUGAUAUAUACAGUGCAUUCGGAAUUCAGACCCCUUCCCUUUUUCCACAUUUUGUUA